CAACACUUCCAUAAAGUGCAAAUAUUUUGUUGUUGCAAGUUUUCUCUCCCAAAAAGGGGCAAAUCAAAAUCGGUUUCUUGUCAGAAAACGAGAAAUUAAAUGCAAUAACAUAACAUAAAACGUGCACGUGUGAUACACACACAAAUCUAACUAUGAAAGUCACAAUUAAUUAAACUACGAAAAGUCCAUAACUUGGCCUUUGCAGCUUUCUGCGAAAGUAAACAUCAAAACAAGAAAAAUUGCGAGGGGAGAGAUUGAGGACGCUGCAACAGUAAAAGACUAAUUAAACGUCAAUUUAUUAAAUGUUUCAUUGUCGCUUUCAUCAAUUGGACCGGCCAAUGAGUUCCGUAGAAUCAAAGUGUAUAUAGUUUUGCGUAUGAUGAUGCUAUAACACCAGCAACAGCAUCAACAAAAUUCGAUAAAAAAAAAGGAAAAAAAUACGUUCUAAUAAUUCGACUCGUGAGCGUGCGCUGCUGUGUGUAUACAUAUACAUACAUACAUCUCCAAGUUUGUGUGUGUGUGCUUCUCUCUGUUUGUGUCAGGAAGCCACCAGAAGAAGAAUAACAUAAGAAGCAUUGCGUGGUGAAUGCAAAAGCAUUCAUAAUCCAAAAAAGAUCUAAACAACGAAGAUUGACAACAAUCUGAAAAUCUUACAUCGCCAAAAACCCCGCAAUAUGGAAUGUCGCUGAGCAAACUAUAGCACUGAGUCAAUCUCAGCCAGAAAAGAAAUAAUUAAAAUCCAGCCAAUCAUUUCGGUUCACAAACGUAACGCUUAAUGUCAGCAGGCUUAGUUGCCGACACCUUAUAACCCACACACAUCCACGUCAAGUGCAUUCCGCGGUCAGUGAUUAAACCUUAAUUUGUGUUGCAACGCUUCCCCCCAAGGCAGUGAAAAUUCCGAUAUCCUUUCGGCUUGAAAAGUUUGAAAUAGUUAGCAGAAACCCAACAAAAAUCCAGCAAAAUGACCACAGAUUUUCUGUUUCCUAAAAUAUCGGAUUGCUCUUAUGUAUCCUGUUAUUGCGAGGAGAAUGUGUGGAAACUAUGCGAACAGGUGAAACGCACGCGACCCGAAGAGCUGGCCAAGUGCUACGCUGUAUUUGUUUCCAAUGAAGGACGAACUGUGCCCCUCUGGCGUCAAAAAGCCGGACGCGGUGACGAUCAAGUUGUGAUAUGGGACUAUCAUGUCUUCUUCAUGCACAAUCCCUCGCCGAAUCGUUGCUUGGUAUUCGAUUUGGAUACAACACUACCAUUUCCAACAUAUUUCCAUAAAUACGUUACAGAGACUUUUCGUUCCGAUCUAGCCCUGAGACCAGAGCAUCAUAGAUUCUUUAGAGUUAUUCCCGCAGAUACAUAUCUUAUUGAAUUCUCAUCGGAUCGCCGACAUAUGCGUCGACCAGAUGGCAGCUGGAUAAAGCCACCGCCUUCGUAUCCUCCCAUACUUUCAAAUACAAAUAUGCACUGUCUGGGUGACUUUAUAUGUAUGAGCCCUGGCAAGGGACCUGGCGCCGUCUACAGCCUCUCCGAGUUCGUGCAAAAUUUCUACAAGUCACCCCAUGUUGUGGCGCAGCACAAUAAGUAGACGAUGUUUAACCGCAACGGCACAUUAACUGAUAUCAACUAUAAAAACCAAAUAAAUCAAACUAACCUAAAAUAAUAAGUUUGCGUUUUUGCAAUAUUCGUCAAGCAAAAAUGUCGUGCAUUAAAUUACACAAGGAGUUAAUUAACAAUUACAACACAUACAUAUUAUAUUAUAUAUACUUAUAUAUAAAUAUAAAUAUACAAUGCAUAUGUAUAAUAAUGUAUUUUUGUAUUCAGGCUAAACAAAAAAAUAA